GUUAUAAGAGAAGAUAACUCUUCUUUAUCAUAGGCUAACUUGAUCAUCCAGCUACAAAAUAGAUAUCAAAUUUCCGUUUGUCAAUUAAUCACUCUCGAUGAGAAUAUUGUUAAGUUUCAUUACUUGGGGUUUCUUGUUUUCGGUGCUUUUACAAGUCGAUAACAAUAUUUGUGUGCAAGCGGAGUGUUUGGAGGAUCAAAAGACUUUGUUGGUGCAACUGAAUCAAAGUCUUGUAUCUUCUUCUUCUACAUCGAAGCGUAGUUCUUGGAGUCCAGAUACCGAUUGUUGUUCUUCAUGGGAUGGUGUUACUUGUGAUACAAGUGGUCAUGUUUUAAGUUUAGACCUUAGUAAUGAAUCCAUUGAAGAUGGAGUAAAUAGUUCCAGUAGUUUAUUCAAAUUCCGGUAUCUUGAGAGAUUGAAUUUGGCAUUCAACUACUUCGGCUCUAUACCAAUUCCGGCGGGGUUUGAUAGGCUAGUCAACUUGACUUACCUCAAUUUGUCAAAUUCGGGUUUUAAUGGGCAGAUUCCAAUUUCAUUCUCGCGGAUGACAAGGUUAGUAACGUUCGAUCUUGCAACUUAUCAAUUUCCGGGAAGUAUUCCAUUCACAUUGAACAAUCCUGAUCUAAAUAUGCUUACUCGUAACUUAAAAGAACUUAGAGUACUCUCUUUAGAUGGAGUAAACAUAUCAGCACACGGUAGCAAGUGGUGUAAAGCACUGUCGAGUUCAGUACCUAAAUUGCAAGUCUUGAGUCUAUCCAACUGUUAUCUGUCAGGUCCAUUUGAUAAAUCUCUUACACAACUUCAAUCACUCUAUGAAAUACGUCUUAGCGGGAAUAAUAUAUCUGGUGAAGUACCAGAGUUCUUUAGUGAAUUCCGUAACUUGACUUUUUUAGAUUUGAGUUCUUGUGAAUUGCAUGGGAACUUCCCAGAAAGGAUUCUCAAGGUAGGAACACUUGAGAAAUUCUACCUAGCAAAUAAUGAUCAUCUUCAAGGUUCAUUACCAGAAUUUCCCAUGCAUGGACUGCUUCAAGAGUUAAUAUUGUUUAACACAAGUUUUUCUGGAGACCUACCGGAUUCCAUAGGUAACCUUAUAUUGUUAUCCCGUUUAGAUCUUUGGCAUUGUAGAUUUAAUGGAUCAAUCCCUGCUUCAGUGUCACAACUCAAACAACUUCAAUAUUUAGACCUGUCAGAGAAUAGUUUCACUGGAACACUUCCUAUGGCUUUGUUUGCCAUACCUUCACUGCAAUACAUGGAUCUUUCUGAGAAUCAAUUCACUGGUCAACUUGGUGAGUUUUUCAAUGGAUCUUUAUCUUCUCUAGAGACCCUUGAUUUGAGUAUGAAUAAGCUGCAGGGACCUAUUCCAGCAACGUUGUUUGAACUAUCUAAACUUGACACUCUUGCACUUUCUUCAAAUAAUUUCAAUGGCAUAGUGAAUUUGGAUGCACUUUUCAGUAAGUUGAAUAAUCUUACAGAUCUCGACCUCUCGAACAACAGAUUGUCAGUAAUCAGUUCUAGUUCAAAUCCUGCAUUAUUUCUCCAGAUUGGUUUUUUGGCAUUAAGUUCAUGUAACCUGACAAAAAUCCCAAGUCUCUUGAAAAACACAGAACUGACCACCCUAGAUCUUUCAAACAAUCAAAUUCAAGGAAAAAUACCCAACUGGAUUUGGGAAAUCGGUGAUGGGAGUCUCGAUAGCUUAAAUCUUUCUCGCAACCUUUUGGAGGAUCCUGAUCGGCCCUUUCCUGCCAAUAGUUUCACAUCGAUAAAAUACAUUGACCUCCAUUCCAACAUGCUUCAAGGAAAGAACCCAAUCUUGCCACCAUCAGCCUUAUUCUUGGAUUACUCAUCAAACAACCUUACUUCAAUAAUCCCAAAUGCUUCAUCUUAUCUAUCAAAUGCUAUGUUUUUCUCUCUUUCGAACAAUCAAAUUAAUGGAGAAAUACCUGCGUCAAUAUGUGAAGCUAGUCUUGAAGUUCUUGAUCUGUCAUUUAACAACUUGAGCGGACCAGUACCUCCAUGUCUAAAGUCCAUGGCAAGACUCAGAGUUCUAAAUCUAAGAAGAAACAGCUUAAGCGGCCAGAUACCCCAUGUAUGGCGUUCACAAGGAAGUAUACCCCCAGACGAUUUUAAUUCUUAUCCAGAGUCUUGUGAUUUGAGGACAUUCAAUCUCAACGAAAACAAAUUUGAAGGGCAGCUACCAAGCUCUCUUGCCAAUUGUACCAUGCUAGAGGUUCUAGAUGUUGGAAAUAAUCAGUUAACCGGUGGUUUUCCUUCUUGGUUAGGAUCGAUGCCCGAGCUACGUGUUCUUGUGUUGCAAAACAAUAGAUUUCAAGGUCCUUUGGGGAAUGGUGGAACUGUGUGUAACUUGGCAAUGUUACAAAUUAUAGACAUUUCUUCUAAUAAAUUUUCGGGUAAUCUGCCCAAAGAAUGCUUUUCCAGUUGGAAGACUAUGAUGGUAGACGAACAAGAAGCAGCACGGAACCACAGGGAUCAAAUAAUAGGAUUUGGAUUUGCAUUCACUGACAAUAAUUACCAACAGGCAGUGACGGUUACAAGCAAAGGACAAGACAUGGACCUGGUAAAGAUCUUAAUAAUUUUCACUAGCAUUGACUUCUCCAACAAUAAUUUUGAAGGGGAGAUACCGGAUAUAAUUGGAAAUUUUACGUCGCUCAACGUUCUUAAUUUCUCAAGCAAUGCUUUCGAAGGAAAAAUUCCAUCAACUUUGGGAAAACUUAAAAAUCUGGAGUCAUUAGACCUCUCGUCAAAUAAGCUGUCAGGAGAGAUUCCUUACGAAUUAGCAGGUUUAUCAUUCCUUGCAGUCUUGAACCUCUCCUUCAACAAACUAGUUGGAAGAAUCCCACCAGGUAGUCAGUUUCAAACUUACCAGGCAAGUUCUUUUGAAGGAAAUGACGGGUUAUGUGGUUCUCCCCUAUUGAAAAACUGCAGCAGUACUGAGGAGGCACCACAAGAUGUCUUAACUUCUGAUAACGAACCCGACUGGAUAUUACUUGCCGUGACUUUUUCGGGAUGUCUGAUGGGUAUAGGUAUGGUUGUUGGACCUCAGUGUUUUUGGAAGAAAGGGAGAAAGUACGCUGAUAAACUUGUCAACAAAAUCAUUACAAUGAAAUGUUUCGCAUGUAUUUAUAAAUUUCCUCGUAAGAGAAAAUGAAUGCAGCAAUAAUUAUGACUGAAUGUAAAAA